UUGAUGAAAUCCACACACACUUUGCUACGGACACACCCGACACACACAGAGACACACCAGACCUACAGACACACAACAGACACACAAAGAACCACACCAAACAGACACAGUCUACUACACAUGCGCACACACACACACACACACACACACACACACACACACACACACACACACACACACACACACACACAGUGUGCUGCAUACAUGCACACACCAGACACACACAUCAGACAAACACACACCGGACACACACAACAGACACACAAAAACCAGACACACAACAGGAUCAUCACAAGCUCUUUUCCUUUGAGGACUAUUUGGACGACAAGUGGGCGUGGCCCGGGUCCUAGUGGACUACAGGUGGGUGGGGCCCGGAUCCUACUGGACUACAGGUGGGCGUGGCCCGGAUCCUAGUGGACUACAGGUGGACGUGGCCCGGAUCCUAGUGGACUACAGUUGGGCGUGGCCCGGAUCAAAAUGGACUACAGAUGGGCGUGGCCCGGGUCCUAGUGGACUACAGUUGGGCGUGGCACGGGUCCUAGUGGACUACAGGUGGGCGUGACCAGGGACCUGGUGGACUACAGGUGGGCGUGGCCAGGGACCUGGGGGACUACAGGUGGGCGUGGCCAGGGACCUGGUGGACUACAGGUGGGCGUGGCCCGGGACCACUACAGGACUACAGAUGGAUUUUGGGGUGGGGCCUUUGGACUACCACAGAAACAGUUUUCUUUGUUUCCCGAAGCCACGCCUUCUGGGAACAGGAAGUGAUGAUGAGCAAGAAUGAACAAGCUGAUUGGACGAUAAAGGUCACCAGCCACAGGUAAUGCAGAGGGAACUGAUUGGCUGGACAACACAACUGAAGCAGGAUGUACUUCCUGUCUGUCUUCCUGCCUGCAGUCCUAUUGGCUGUAGUUCUCGGCCGAUCAGAGGGCUUGUCAGAAACACACCCUGAGAUAAACUCAGACACACAUAGAGAAAUAAACUUAGACACACACUUAAACGCACACGCGGACACACUGGCAGACACACACUUAGACACACACUUAGAUACACACUUGGACACACACUCGGACACACACUCGGACACACACUCGGACACACACGCGGAAACACACGCGGACACACACGCAGACUCACACGCGGACGUCCCUGACGACGACUACGGCGAGGCGGACUGGGACUCCUCCCCCUUCCUCCCGGACCGCCCCCCGGGGCGGGGCCAGGCCGGGGGACGGGGCCUGGACUGUGAGGGGGGGUGCGGGGGCCUGGAGGUGACCCUGGUCCCGCGGGGGCUCGACCCACACCGCUGCCCCGACCCGUUCCGCUGCUCAGAGCUGGCCUCUGGUUGGCUGAAGCAGAACCAGGAGGGGCGGGGCCAGCUGGAGGACCUGAAGGAGAGCACCUCCCAGCUGCAGUCAGAGCUGAGGAGACAGACACACCGGGUCAGCGCACUGGAGCAGGCCAGCGGCCCGGUUCUGAGGAGGAGGCGCGGGGAGGAGGAGCAGCAGGAGGUGCAGCUCCUCCUGUCGCUCCACUCCGUCCUCCUCCACCAGCUGGGGGCGGAGCUACAGCUCCUCUCCACCUCCCUGAAGCCCCGCCCCCCCGGCUGCACUGUCAACAUCCUCCAAUCAGGGGGCUUGCCCAGCCUGAGGGACACCCUUCACCCUGAGCUGCACCAUGUGUCAGUGUGUCCAGUGGAUUGUGCGUCCCUCUUCCUCAGUGGUGUGCGUCGGUCGGGCGUCUACAGCGUGGUGCCGGGGGGGUCCCGACCAAUCAGAGCGUCCUGUGACAUGGAGACCGACGGGGGGGGUUGGACCGUGGUCCAGAGGCGUGAGGACGGGGCUCUCAGCUUCAACCGUGAUUGGAUAGCGUACCGGGAGGGGUUCGGCCUGCCGGAGGCGGAGCACUGGCUGGGGAAUGAGGUCAUCCACCUGCUGACCAAUCAGGGGCCCUACAGCCUGCGCAUAGACAUGGAGGACUGGAGCCACGCCCACAAACACGCCCACUACAGCAGCUUCAGUUUGGAAGGCGGGGCCGAGCGCUACCGGCUGCACGUGUCGGGGUUCAGCGGCUCCGUGGGCGACUCAUUCGGCCGCUACCAUGACAACCAGGUGUUCAGCACACCGGACACCGGAAACAUCUGCUCUGAGAUCAGCCACGCCGGCUGGUGGUUCAGACACUGUUUCCAUAGCAACCUCAACGGGGUCUACUACAAGGGCGGGCACUACUCCCCCCAGGGCCCUACCGUCCUGGGUCCUGACGGGGUGGUCUGGUUCUCCUGGAGACGCUCCGACUACUACAGCCUCCGCUUCGUCUCCAUGAUGGUCCGCCCCCGCAGCUUCACCGCACACCCGUCUCCAUAGCAACGGACCCACCGCACACCCGUCUCCAUAGCAACAGGACCCGGAGCACAACCGUUUCCAUAGCAACGGACCCACCGCACACCCGUCUCCAUAGCAACGGACCCACCGCACACCCAACUCCAUAGCAACAGGACCCGGAGCACAACCGUUUCCAUAGCAACAGACCUGCAGAACACCUGUCUCCAUAGCAGCCAGUACCAGAGCACACCCGUCUCCAUAGCAGCCAGUACCAGAGCACACCCGUCUCCAUAGCAACCGGACCCAGAGGAGACUAGUCUCCAUAGCAACCGGACCCAGAGCACACCUGUCUCCAUAGCAACGGGAUCUGUGGUAUACUGGUCUCUAUAGAAACAGGACCAGCUGUGACACCCCUGGGAGAGCAGAUCUCUGAUUUUUGGGUUACUAGCGAGUAUUGAGCUAGUACUGUUGAAGUGGUAGUUAACUGGUUUAGUAAGCUGGCAUUGUUAAAAGCACUGGUGUAGUAAGCUAGUUAAUGAGUCCUGUUUAAAACAACGAUAAUAAAGUUUGAAAAAAUACAAUUAUUUGUCGACCCCGAGGUGACCCCAACCCUGAGGUGAAACCCGACCCCCAGGCGACCUCUGACCCCCAGGUUACCCCCCCAUGAAGCCG